AUGGCCUCUCCCCGUCUGUUAAAUUCUUCAAAAAGUUGUAAGACAUCGAAUUGUAUUAAAAUGGGUUCCUCAAAAAUGUUGAUUAUAUUCACCCUCACUGUUCUCAUGGUUAUUUCUUCCAUUCAUUGCCAACCAAACGAUCUCGUCCCCGGUAAUUUUGCAGCUGGCGAGGCCUCAAAUACACUUUGCUUCAAUCCUUGCACUGAUAAACUUGGCGACAACGAGUGCAAAGCGAUUUGUGUGAAUAAGAAAUAUAGGAACGGUUCUUGUGUUGGUUUUGGAAUCCCCCCUUCUUCCAAGUAUUGUUGUUGUGAAAAUUAG